GUACCCACUUAAUACAUUGAUUGCAAAUUCCUUUUAUUAUUAGAAAUAAUGCAGUGGUGUGUGUUGAUUUUAAACUGUCUUCUCUUCACUUUAGUGAGAGGAGAUGACGAGUACCUCUUGGACUUUCCUCUUGGAAAGUUAAAGGGAAAGACCAGGACCACCAUUACUGGUGUGACUUUGUAUUCUUUCCAAGGCGUGCCCUUCGCUGAACCACCUCUAAAUGAAUACAGAUUUCAGGCUCCAAAAAUGAAAUCACCAUGGAACGACACAUUAGAUGCCACAGAAGAACGCAGCUACUGCUUGCAGAUGACUCAGGACCACGUCGAUGGAUCCGAGGAUUGUCUCUUCAUCAACAUUUUUACCCCAAAAGAUCCCAAAUUGAAUUCAAAACUGGCCGUUAUGGUGUUCAUGUUCGGAGGGGGUUUCAUCGAAGGCUCAUCUGCAGAUGUCAACGUCGGUCCAGACCAUUUAAUGGAUUACGAUGUCGUUUAUGUUACAUUUAAUUACAGAGUGGGACCAUUCGGUUUUCUUUCCACUGGUGACACAAUCAUCCCUGGAAACGCGGGUUUAAAAGACCAAUUACUAGCCCUAAAAUUCGUUAAUAAAUACAUUCAAUACUUCGGAGGAGAUCCCGAUAAAGUUACAAUAAUGGGACAAAGUGCUGGGUCAGCUUCGGUGCACUACCACGUCUUGAGCCCUCAAUCAAAGGGAUUGUUUAGGGCGGGCAUAGCCGAGAGCGGUACGGCCCUGUGCCCUUGGGCCUCCCAAACGAACUACACCUACAUGACCAAUCGUUUGCUGGAGAUCAUCGAUUCGAAUUUCGCGGCGAAGAGCCCUUCUUCGCAGGAAAUCAGGGACUUUCUGAAAGCCCUUCCUGCGGAAACCAUCGAUAGAGCGGCACACGUGAUUGAUAAAAUGGAGAGCCCGGCUGAUAAUCAGAUCCAAAUUGGUUUCUAUUUCGCGCCUGUGGUGGAAUGCGAGCACGAGGGGGCAUUCAUCACCGAGUCGAUGUUCGAGAUGGUGCGAGAUGGGAAAUUAAACGAUGUGAAAAUGAUUAUGGGGGUGAAUUCUGAGGAGUCUUUGUUUUACGUAACAGAUGAAAGAUUCCCUAAAACAGCCAAGGGAGUCGACGAUGAUAAUUUGAUAUUAGUACCGAGAGGUUUGAACGCGGAAAAUUCGAGUAAAGCCGAGAUAGCGAAAAAAAUCAAAGACUUUUACUCGCCUUAUCUACCUUUCGCAGUUAGCCAAAGGAGCCUCAUUAAGUAUUACUCUGACCAAAGUUUUGCCAGAUCUAUAAUAAAGACGGCGGAAUUACAAUCGAAAUACUCGGACGUUUAUUUCUACGAAUUCCAAUACCACGGCGUGUUGGGCUCCUACACCGAUGAUUCAGUUGUUGGAUUUUCCGAAGACGUAAGACACGGCGAAGAAAUGAGCUACAUUUACCGGCGUAAUUACGGUGGCCUAAACACCACCGAUCUCUCCAAAUAUCCGCUAAUGGAUCAACUGGUACAGAAGAGGUUCAUCAAGAUGUUCACCGAUUUCGCUAAAUAUUUAAAUCCAACACCCGACCCCAUCGAGCUGUUGCAUAAUAUCACCUGGCCGACGGUGAAACCCGACGAUUUCCAAUACAUGGCUGUAGGUUCAUGGUUGGAACUGAGAAGGAACCCCAAGGAAGAUAUGUACUCAUUUUGGGAACAGAUUUUUUCCAAAUACGCCAGAGGUCAACUAAUUUCCUACUAGUUUAUGAAAUAUUUAAAUAAUAUGUGAGGAUACCCUUACCUUGUUAAAACCUAUAACUACAAAAGUGUUUAAUAAAUCUUCUUCUAU